AUGAGGCUGUGCUUGGUGGUAUGGGUCUUGUUGCUUGUGGCGGUCCUGCCGGCGCAUUCUUCGCUUGUGGCCUACUACGACUUCGAUGAUGACUACUCCGGCAUCUCGGGCUAUUGUCAGAACAGCGUGCCCUCUGGCGUCGCCGCCGGUUCCGCUGACAUCUCUUCUUCCAACGCCCGGUUUGGGUCCGCCGGUCUGGUCCUUGCCGGCGGACCAGAUUACAUCCGCGUGGAUGGCAUCAAUCUGUUCCCCGGGGCCGCCUCCUCCGCCUUCUCCGCGUCGGCGUGGAUCAAGCUCACGUCCUUGAGUAGCAGCUACACCUCGCGCGUCAUUGUCCGCAAGAACUCGUUUAUGCUCUUCCAGCUGUCCACCCUCGGCGGCUCAGGCCGAAACUAUGCAGUGGCGCAGCGGCAGUUCAUCCUGGUGUCGAAGGUGUUGCAGAAUCUGGCCAAUGACACGCUGCCCGGUGCCAAGGAGACCUACAUGGAGCAGCUGAACACGUUCAUUUCGACCAACAAGGCCUCCCUCGAGCGCUUCUACCAGAAGGUGCUGAGCGGGGCCGACCGCGGCAAGCCUGCCGAGAGCGACGUGCCAGUCAAGGCCAAGCAGGCCUCGCUGAUCCUCCUGGCCCGGUACUUGAGCGCCCACCUGAAGGGCGUUGAGCAGAGCCUGGAGGAGGACGGCAGCGAACUGGUCGAGCAGUUGAGGGACGUCCUGGCCAAGCUGGGCGAUGACACCAACGUGUAA